GGGAAGGGGAGGUCCCGGUGCUGCCUCGGCGGAGGGCUCUCUGUUUGCGUGGGGUACCGGGGCCACGGGUGGGUGCGCUGGAAUGGGUCCAGGAUCGAAAAAGGACGAUUGGAGGGCUCUAGGUUGCUGGGGUGGGGAGGUGGCCCGAGAAAGGAGGUAAUGAAUGCAGGGAGGGAAAUCGAUUUCUGCCUGGAAAGAACUAAAGCAGAGAAGGGGUUUGAGGUAUCUUUAGAACUAAGGGAGCGGUCCAGGUGUGGAAAAUGGGGUUAUAUUAAUACGGAAGGCCGAUAAACCCACGGAAUUGGGGGUUGAAAUACCCUCGGAAAGUACUGACUGCUGUCUUUCUGUUCUUAUAAGUAACCAUAGGUUGAACUGGGGAGGGAUUAUUUUGUUUUAGGUACAGGUAAGUAGGCCAAAGUGAAGUAGUCUUGGGUGUAACUGGAGAGAGAGAAAGGUGGUAGGUAGUCUGGGACUGUCGGAGUUGAGAAUGAGAUGUGACAUACUGGUAACUUUGAGGUUCUGGGUUUCCCCAUAGUCGUAGGCUAGUGAGAAGGAUUAUGAAGAAGACGGGGCUCUUUUUGCUGUCUUUGGGUACUGAUGGAGUUUUUGUAUGAGAGAUAUUGGGAGCCCUGAAGAGGAUAGAAACAGCAAGAGGGAAAGGUUAAGCCACUGUGAAGGAUAGGUUGGAUGUCCCUGGACAAGAUUAGUGUGUGGGAAUCUUCUUUGCAAAAAGGACAAAUUUAUAUGAAAUGGGGAUCUAAAAGUUCCUGGAGUGGGUUAGGAUAGAUUUGGAACUUUUCUCAAAAGAAGAAAGGUUUAGAUUGAUACUGUUAUGAGCUUAUGUGACGUUGUAACGUUGGCCUGGACCUUAAUGCAAAAAAGGGUAGUUUUGUUAUCCCCCCCCCCAAAAAAAGCCCAUAAUAGGCAUCUCUAGAUGAGUUGUGGUGGCUUUAGGAAAAAGAGGGAGUCAUGCCCCUGAGAAAAGGGGAUCUGGGUGCUCAGAGGGGAUAGCCCAGUACCCUUGGUCUUGAUGGAGAGAGAAGGGCAUGAGGAGGGUGAGAACAGUUUCCAUGUAAAGGACAGUUUCUCUGUAUAGUGUGACUGACUGUCCUGUAACUUGCUCUGUGGGCUAGGCUGACCUCAAACUCAAGGAAUUCAGAGAUCCACCUGCUUCUGCCUCCUGAGUUCUGAGAUUAAAGGUGCCACCACCCAGCUGAGAAGGUCUUGAUGUGCUUAGCUUGAACCAGUUUUAAGACCCAGGGCCUUGCUGCUGUCAUGACUGAGGAGAGCGAGGAGACAUUCCUGUAUAUCGAGCACCGCUAUGUCUGCUCUGAGUGCAACCAGCUCUAUGGCUCCCUGGAGGAGGUGCUUGUGCACCAGAACUCCCACGUGCCCCAGCAGCACUUUGAGCUGGUGGACGUGGCUGACCCUGGAGUCACGGUGGCCACAGAGGCAGCUUCAGGCACAGGCCUAUAUCAGACCCUCAUACAGGAGAGCCAGUACCAGUGUCUUGAGUGUGGACAACUGCUCCUGUCACCUAGCCAGCUCCUGGAGCACCAGGAGCUACACCUGAAAAUGAUGGCACCCCAGGAGGCAGUGCCCGCUGAGCCACCCCCCAAGGUGCCCCCCUUGAGUUCCAGCACCAUCCACUACGAGUGUGUGGAUUGUAAGGCUCUGUUUGCCAGCCAGGAGCUGUGGCUGAACCAUCGGCAGAUGCACCUCAGGGCCACCCCCACCAAGGCUCCUGCCCCUGUUGUCUUGGGGUCUCCAGUUGUCUUGGGCUCCCCUGUGGGCCAGACCCGAGUAGCUGUGGAACAUUCAUACCGAAAGGCCGAAGAAGGUGGGGAAGGGGCAGCUGUCCCGGCUGCAGCUGCCGCCACGACUGAGAUGGUGACAGAAGUGGAACUGCUCCUCUACAAGUGCUCUGAGUGCUCCCAGCUCUUCCAGCUGCCUGCUGACUUUCUGGAGCACCAGGCCACCCACUUCCCUACUGUCCCAGAGGUCGAGGAGCCUGCCACAAAGCAGGAAACUCUGAUCCCCUCGCCCACCGAGGUGCCAGUGUCUCUACCCGACCCCUUGCCAACCUCUGACCAUAGCUACGAGCUGCGCAAUGGGGAGACCACUGGACGGGAUCGGCGGGGACGGAAGCCCCGGAGGAACAACAGUGGAGAGUCAGGUACGGCAGCCACCCAGGAACUCUUCUGCUCAGCCUGUGACCAGCUCUUCCUUUCACCCCACCAGCUGCAGCAGCACUUUCGGAGCCACCGGGAGGGUGUCUUUAAGUGUCCCCUGUGCAGUCGUGUCUUCCCUAGCCCUUCUAGUCUGGAUCAGCACCUUGGCGACCAUAGCAGCGAAUCUCAUUUCCUAUGUGUAGACUGUGGCCUGGCCUUUGGCACAGAAGCCCUUCUCUUGGCCCACCGGCGAGCCCAUACUCCAAAUCCUCUUCAUUCGUGUCCCUGUGGAAAGACCUUUGUCAACCUUACCAAGUUCCUUUAUCACCGGCGUACCCAUGGGGCAGGAGGUGUCCCUUUGCCCACAGCACCAGUUCUGCCAGAGGAGCCUGCUGUUAGUGUUUCUGAGCCAGCCCCUACAGAGACCAGAGAGCCAGAGACCCCAGAGCUCCCGGUGUCUGAGGAGAACCCAUCAGAGCCUGCAGCUCCAGGCACUUACCGCUGCCUAUUAUGUAGCCGUGAGUUUGUCAAGGCUUUGCAGCUGACCCGGCACCAGCGUUUUGUGCAUCGACUGGAACGGCGUCACAAAUGCAGCAUUUGUGGCAAGAUGUUCAAGAAGAAGUCUCAUGUGCGGAACCAUCUGCGCACACACACCGGGGAACGGCCCUUCCCCUGCCCUGACUGCUCCAAGCCCUUCAACUCACCUGCCAACCUGGCCCGCCACCGGCUCACACACACGGGGGAACGACCCUACCGGUGCGGGGACUGUGGCAAGGCUUUCACUCAGAGCUCCACUCUGAGACAGCAUCGCCUGGUGCACGCCCAGCAUUUCCCCUACCGCUGCCAGGAGUGUGGACUGCGUUUUCAUCGCCCAUAUCGCCUGCUCAUGCACCGCUACCACCACACAGGCGAGUACCCCUACAAGUGUCGGGAGUGUCCCCGCUCCUUCUUGCUGCGCCGGCUGCUAGAGGUACACCAGCUUGUGGUCCACGCUGGGCGCCAGCCCCACCACUGCCCAUCCUGUGGGGCUGCCUUCCCCUCCUCGCUGCGGCUUUAUGAGCAUCGGUGUGCAGCUGCUGCUGCCCAGGCUCCACGGCGCUUUGAGUGUGGGACCUGUGGCAAGAAAGUAGGCUCUGCUGCUCGUCUGCAGGCCCAUGAAGCUGCCCAUGCUGCUGCUGGUCCUGGAGAAGUCUUGGCUAAGGAACCUCCAGCUCCCAGGGCCUCAAGGGCAACUCGCACACCCGUCACUCCAUCCCCAACAGCCCUUGGUGGUGCAACCUCUGCUGCUUCUGCAGCCCCUGCCCGGCGGCGUGGCCUGGAAUGCAGUGAAUGCAAGAAGCUGUUCAGCACUGAGACAUCACUGCAGGUGCACCGACGGAUCCACACAGGAGAGCGGCCGUACCCAUGUCCAGACUGUGGCAAGGCCUUCCGCCAGAGUACCCAUCUGAAAGACCACCGGCGCUUACACACAGGUGAGCGGCCCUUUGCCUGUGAAGUGUGUGGCAAGGCCUUUGCCAUCUCCAUGCGCCUGGCAGAACAUCGCCGCAUUCACACGGGUGAACGGCCCUACUCCUGCCCCGACUGUGGCAAGAGCUACCGCUCCUUCUCCAACCUCUGGAAGCACCGCAAGACUCACCAGCAGCAGCACCAGGCGGCAGUGCGGCAGCAACUGGCAGAGGCGGAGGCCGCUGUGGGUCUGGCUGUGAUGGAAACUGCGGUGGAGGCUCUGCCCCUCGUGGAGGCCAUUGAGAUCUACCCUUUAGCCGAGGCUGAAGGGGUCCAGAUCAGCAGCUGACUGGUCCCCAUUUUCCUCUUCAGCAUCACCAAGUCCUGAUGCUGCAGGUCUCCAACAGCCCCUUAAAACCUGUGUACAUAUUGUACCCCACUCUCCUCUCCACCACCAUAUAAGUUCUGUAACUAAAUUUAUUCUCUUCUCUAAGGGGGUUGCUCUGGGGUCCUUGGUACAUAAAGGACCCCUCCCCCUCUCCCCACCUUCCACUUGUUUGGUGGUCUCCAAAUGAAGCAGUCAAUAAAGACUGAGUUGGA